GUCACCGACCAGAUCUGUCCUCUAGAGAUGGCACGGGGCCCCCUCGGUCCCCAGGCAUGCGGCCACACAUGGGUGCAGACAGCCUAGACACAGCCACCUAUGGCCUGUACUGUGGCUGAUCCAGGCGCAGAUGGCUCCUGCCACGGAUGCAGGGGAUAUGGUGACCCCAACUGUGGACCUUGUGCUGGGUGCCUCAGCCUGCUGCCUGGCGUGCGUGUUCACCAAUCCCUUGGAAGUGGUGAAGACUCGUCUGCAGCUGCAGGGGGAACUGCAGGCCCCAGGCACUUACCCACGGCCCUACCGGGGCCUUGUGUCUUCUGCUGCAGCCAUUGCCCGUGCAGAUGGUCUGUGGGGCCUGCAGAAGGGGCUGGCCGCUGGCCUUCUCUACCAGGGCCUCAUGAAUGGUGUCCGCUUCUACUGCUAUAGCCUGGCAUGCCAGGCUGGCUUCACCCAGCAACCAGGGGGGACUGUGGUCGCAGGUGCUGUGGCUGGGGCACUGGGAGCAUUUGUGGGAAGCCCUGCUUACCUGGUCAAGACCCAGCUGCAGGCCCAGACAGUGGCUGCUAUGGCUGUGGGGCAUCAGCACCAGCAUCAGAGUGUCCUGGGUGCCUUGGAGACCAUCUGGCGCCAGCAGGGCCUACUGGGGCUGUGGCGGGGUGUGGGUGGGGCUGUGCCCCGAGUCACAGUGGGCUCAGCUGCCCAGCUGGCCACCUUUGCAUCUGCUAAGGCUUGGGUACAGGAGCGACAGUGGUUUCUGGAGGACAGCUGGCUUGUGGCCCUGGCUGGAGGCAUGAUUAGCAGUAUAGCUGUGGCUGCAGUCAUGGCUCCCUUCGACGUGGUCAGCACUCGGCUAUACAACCAACCGGUGAACAGAGCUGGCAGGGGCCAGCUGUACGGGGGCCUCACUGACUGCCUGGUGAAGAUCUGCCAACAGGAGGGGCCCCUAGCACUCUACAAGGGCCUAGGCCUUGCCUAUCUGCGCUUGGGCCCCCACACCAUCCUUAGCAUGUUCUUCUGGGAUGAGCUGCGGAAGCUGACCACAAGGGCCCAGCACCAGGGCACCUAGCCUUGUCCCUCAACCCACCACCAAGCCUGGCAUUUGGUGGAAAUGAUGGCCGGCUUCAAUAGAACUGGCUGCCUCGAGCCAGCUUGAAUCAGGCCCAGGUCGGGGGAGUGAGUCAGGAUUGUGGACAACUGUGAUCAACUGGAGCCCCAGGACUAGUUCACCCCAAGUUACCGCCCCUUCACCUCUUCCUCUCCCCUGGGUUACCAUGCUGUAGUAUAUUGCUGUAGUAGCACCCUCGUGAAAGGGUGCCCACGGACAGAGCCACUCAGUGACACUGGCUCCUCCAUCCUACAGCCUCUGUGGGACCACACAAUCCUCUCUGAGCACAAGGAAACUGAGACACCACUCUGGCUGGGGCCACACGGCUUUGUGGUGACAGAAACAGGACUGUGGUUGGAAUCUGCCCACCCCAGUCCUCUGCUCUCAGCAAGGGAACUGUCAGGACCGUUGGGCCACAGAUCCCUCAGAAGCCACGGCACGUGAGGAGACUAAUGGUUGAGCCCCGAGGGAGGCCUUGGGGUCCCCAGACUCUAGCUGGUCAAAGUUCCAAAGCCUUGGCAGCUUGAAAAACAAAAACCUAUUUUCUUACUUUCAGAAGCCUGGAAGCCCAAGAAGGUAUUGGCAGUGUUAGCAUUUAUUUCUGUUAUUUGUGCUGUGAUAAAACCAGGGUCUGGGCAUGUUAGUUAUGCAAUCGACAUCCUUAGCCCAGGGCUUACUUCUCCAGAGGCUUCUGUCCCUGACUCUGAGCUGGGCAGCUUCUUCCCAGUAGCCUGCCUGCCCAGUGCUCACAAAGCCCUGGGUUCCAUCCCCGGCACAUGCCUGUGAUCUCAGCGCUGCACACACAGGUAGAGCCAGGAGGAUCAGGGGUUCAAGUUCAUUCUCAGAUGCAUGGUGAGUUUGAGGCCAGCCUGGGCUACUUGAGGCCCAGAGAGAGGAGAGAGAAAAA